AUUUGCCCUAAUUUCUUUCAGUCCCAAUUCACUUUAUUUGCUCAGAAAAUUUUCAUGUAUAUCCACUCACCGAUUUUUUUCUCUACUACCGAAAUCACAUUAAAUCAAAAGAUCGUUAUCAAUCCCCUUCUCAGCGCCGUAUGGAGCGCCGCAUCUCCACUAUCUUCCAGCGAGCGACCUUCUCAGGUGAGUCACGCCGAACGACCUUCUGCGUACGGGCCGCUCAUCAUUUUCCCUUAAUCUCGCAGCCGACCACUACCUCGCGACCGCCGUCCGAGAGACAUCCGCCACGCGAGAGACCUAUUCGCCGUCAGCACUAUGAAUUUGCCGAGCAAGCCCCUGCUAUACUCCGCCACGAACCACCCGGCUCUGGCAGGGAUUCUCUGUUGGAGAGGUUGAUGAAAGAGAUCCUGGGGUGUCUAUGCCGGGUAAAGCCAGAGUACGUGGACUCAGAAAUGGCUGAAUGCGGAGCAGGUUUGAUUUCUAUUUCUAUCAUCGAGCUGUUACAUCAUCUUUCCGGCAAUGGAGUUUUUGCUGAUGUUUUGGGCUGCUUGAUAAGCAGUGUGAGCAUGGAACUGUACUGCGCUGAUCCGAUUCAAGUUCUCAAGGUGUUAGCCUCGGCGGUGGGAUAACAUACUCCUAAUUGGGAUGCGUUGGCGGACAUAGACGUGGUUGGAGUGCUACUAGAGCUAAUGUUGUUCCUCGAUUAGUAGAGCGAUUAACAUCAGAGGCUUUAAAUGAAGAUAUUGAAUAGCAGGUAUUAGGAUGGUACAACAUUUUUCUAUGGAACUCUGGUGGAUUUAUUGUAAGUUGUAAAGGGUAUGAUUAAUUCGAGUAUGGAGAUGGGCAUGAUGGUUUUCGUGGCUACCACUAGGAACAAAAUCUGACCUCAAAUGUUACAUGUGAGCAUUUUUUUUGUGUGGCUGCUUAGAUUUAGCAAGAAGGUCCCGAGGCUAGUAUUUCGAGGUUGAUAUCUUCAAGACACUCUAUCAGAGAUAUGUCAACUUAGAAAUGCGAUAUAAUGGGAUUUGCUAUAUUUUUUUAUGAAAGUACUUAGGCUUUCUUUUUUUUUUUUUUUUUCUUAUUUUUGUUUGGAACAUUUUGAGAUUGUUAGUUCGUUUAUUUAUGGUUUUUAAUUAGCAAACAUACUAUUAUUGUUAUUUUUUCUAAUUUAUCAUCUAGAACAUAGUACC